AUGCCAAUGCGACGACGGGGCACUGGUCGCAAGCAGAGCGUCAAGUACGCGAGGGCGAAGCGACCCCAAUGCCAUCCCAUCAGUGGUUCCCUUCCUCAAUCAUCACCCAUCGUACCCAGCGAUCCAGCUGAAGGAUCAGCUAAUCCAACAGAUGCCGAAGAUAUACUCCUCGCUGUCAACCAACAACAAGAAGUCAAACAACAACAAAAAGAGCAGCUUGUUAGUGUUGAACAACGUCGUGUUGCUUGGGUAGUCCAGUACGUCAACGUCCUCGGAUCACCACCUCAACCUGAAUGGAACAGCCACGGCGAAUACGCGGCAGCGAGCACCUACCUUAAGAUGAAAUACCCUGGUCAAGCGCGUUUUGCGUUUGGUUGCGCGAUUGUUGAAACGACCUCGGCCAAGAAGGACGCAUAUGCAGCCCCUUCGUUUACUCUGUAA